AUGCUGACCCGGGCUGCCCGCGAGGUCCUGCGCAAAACCCCCCACGACGUGGUCGUGCUGUCCGCCGUGCGGAGUCCCAUUGCCCGCGCCUUCAAGGGCGGUUUCAAGGACUCGUGGCCUGAGGAGAUUCUGAUGCCGGUCAUGCAAGCAGCCGUGCAACGAGCCAAGAUCGAGCCUGGCGACGUCAACGACGUGCUGAUCGGAAACGUGCUGGCGGAGCUGGGCUUCGCCAAAACGGGGCGCAUGGCCCUCAAUGCCGCUGGAUUCCCCAACUCGACGACCUUCCACACCGUCAACAGGCAGUGCUCCAGCAGUCUGCAGGCCAUCACGCACAUCUCCCACGCCAUCAAGGCCGGGCAGAUCGAUGUCGGCCUGGGCGGCGGCGUCGAGAGCAUGACGCGCAACUACGGCACGCGCGGCAUCCCCGUCGACGUGUCGCCCACGCUGAAGGAGUCGCCUGUUAAGGAUGCCCGCGACUGCCUGCUGCCCAUGGGCAUAACGUCGGAGAACGUGGCUGAGCGGUACGGCAUCUCGCGCCGCGACCAGGACGAGUACGCGGUCGAAAGCCAGCGUCGCGCCAGCGAGGCGCAGAAGAACGGGCUCUUCGACCAGGAGAUCGUCCCGAUCACGGCGCGCAAGAUCAAUGAGGAGACUAAGGAGGAGAGCACGCAUCUGGUCACGCAGGACGAGGGCGUCCGCCACGGCGUGACGCUGGAGAAGCUGUCGCAGCUGAAGCCGGCGUUUAAGGAGAACGGCGGCAGCACGGCCGGCAAUUCAUCGCAAAUCUCAGACGGCGCAUCGGCCGUCAUCCUCGCGCGCCGCUCCUGGGCCGAGAGCCGCGGGCUGAAGCCGAUCGGACGGUUCGUAGGCACGCAGGUGGCAGGCUGCGCACCAGACGAGAUGGGCAUCUCGCCCGUGUUC